AGAACUGUCACACAACCAAAUCGAAGAUCUGCCCAGUUUCCACCGGUGUCAGCGGCUGGAGGAGCUUGGUCUCCAGCACAACAGGAUCCAUGAAAUCAGAGAAGACACUUUUGUGCAGCUGAUGGCCCUGCGGUCCAUAGACCUGAGCUGGAAUUACAUCCAGUUUAUUCACCCUGAAGCCUUUGUGACCCUGCACUCGCUCACCAAACUGGACUUGACUGAUAAUCAGCUGGUCACACUGCCUCUGGAGGGUUUGGGUGGACUGACCCAUCUGAAGCUCCAAGGCAAUCCGUCUCUCUCUGAGCCCUUCACCAAGGAGAGCUUCCCCAAAAUGAGAGUCCUUGAGGUACCUUAUGCCUACCAGUGCUGCGCCUAUGGAAGCUGCAGCAGCUUCUUCAAGAUGUCCGAUCAGUGGGAGGCAGAACACAUGAGCCCUGAGGAGGAGGAUCCCCACAAGAGGACCAUGGAAUUGUUUCCAGGUCAUACUGAUAAUCACUAUGACCUAGAUGGAGACGACCUCCAGCUGGACCUUGAGGAAUCAAAGCUGCACCUCACUAUUCAGUGCACACCAAGCCCCGGUCCCUUCAAGCCUUGUGAUCACUUGUUUGAGAGCUGGAUCAUCCGUUUGGGAGUCUGGGUCAUCAUUCUGGUCUCGGUGCUCUGCAACGGGCUGGUCAUUCUGGCUGUCUUUGCCUCUCCCAGCUACCUCUCUCCAGUUAAGUUCAUCAUCGGCUCCAUAGCUGGAGCCAACAUGCUGACCAGCAUUUACUGCAGUAUGUUAGCUGUUGUAGACGCCCUGACCUACGGCCAGUUUGCCAAAUAUGGCGCCAGGUGGGAGACUGGUGCAGGCUGCAGGGUGACGGGAUUCCUGGCAGUGUUUGCCUCCGAGGCUGCCAUCUUCCUGCUAACAUUGGCUGCCGUGCAGUGCAGCAUUUCAGUUUCCUGUGUGCGGGGCUAUGGAAAGUCACCCUCCUUAGGAAAGGUCAAGGCUGCUGCCUUUUGCUGCCUGUUGCUGUCCUCUGUGGCUGCCGUUCUGCCUCUCUUCUCCAUUGGGGAAUAUGGAGCAUCCCCUCUCUGCCUUCCGUAUCCCAUCCCAGACGGGAAACCCACCACCCUGGGUUUCGUCGUAGCCUUGGUGAUGACAAACAUGCUCUGCUUCCUGACUAUCACAGGAACCUACAUCCGACUCUACUGCAACCUGCUGAAGGGGGAGUUCAGCGCUGUCUGGGACUGUGCCAUGGUCAAGCAUGUGGCCUGGCUGAUCUUCACCAACUGCCUCCUCUACUGCCCAGUGGCCUUCCUCAUCUUCUCAUCCACACUCAACCUCUUCGUCAUCACCCCAGAGGUCAUCAAAUCUGUCCUCCUUGUGGUUCUGCCCCUGCCCGCAUGCCUGAACCCCUUGCUCUACCUGCUCUUUAACCGCCACUUCAGAGAUGACCUCCGCCUGCUGAGGCAGAAAGGCCAAGACAAGGGGAGCUACCCCCAGUCCUGUGGGGUUGAUGACGUGGAGAAAAGUUCCUAUGACUCCACUCAGGCUCUGGUGAGCUUCUCUGACAUCGACCACAUAUUCGAGACACCUGAUUCCCUGGGAGUGCACCCUAUCCUUGACAGCUACAGCUUCCCCUCCAUGACGCUCGUCCCCUGCCAGCAAAGGGUGGGCACCAGGGGAAAGGAGAGGGGCUUCUCUGAGCAUUGUCCCUGCCUCAAUGACAAUGAGGUGCUGAUCACUUCAGAGAGCCAAGACCCAGCUAGCACCAGCCUCCGGAUAACCUUUUUCCCCUCCACGCCCACGUCACCCUACAUGUCUCACUUAUAA